CAUCUUCCAUUUUUCCUAAUUUUCUACUCUCCACUCCCAAACAUGGCGUCGGGUCACCUUCGCCUUCAUAUUUCCUCUGCAAAUUCACCACUUUUAUUAUCAUUACCUUUGAAAAGGUGUACGAUUGCCUGUACUCUCAAUACCCAUGAUUACGAUACAAAUCCGAAAUCAAAGUCCAAAUAUUGGUCGAAAAACCUAAUCUCUUUGGCAGUUGCUGUGGCCCUCGUGACUCCGUUGCCUUGUUCAGCAAUUCCUUCUCUCAAUUCCCAAUCUUUUUCCAACACUCCAUUUUCUCAGUCACAGAAUUUGCCUACUGGCUUGGAAAAUGGAGUUGGAUCCUUGUACCGUGUAGUUCCUUUAAACUACCAAAACUCGAUUUUCUUAAGCCUGCAUUACCUAGGUCUGCCAUGGGGCCUGGGCCUGACCCCUAUUCAUACUCGUGUUAGAAUGGUGAAACUUAUCUUUCUUGAAAUGAAUGAAAAAGUUAAUAUUCAGAGAAAAAUCAGAGCUUGCCCUUCUAUAAAUCCAAGCUGCGUAUCCAGUAAUCCCAAAUCGUCAAAUUUCGCAUUUCCGUGGAGGAUAACAGGCUAUUCUUCAGAAAGUGUGGCCAUUCAGGAAUUACAAGAUGCACUCUUGAAAACACUGAAGAAUGUCAAGAUUCAGCCUGUUGAAGACACGCCUAAUGGUAAAUAUCUGAAAGCUGAGGUGGAUGUAGGAUUUGGCCGAGAUGUUUUGGAGUUUUUAGUAAAUGGAGAUGUUGUUUCAUUUAGAGCUAUGGCUACCAAGGUAACAUAUGUAUAUCCCUUCACAACAGCUUUUGGGGACUCAAAAGGUGAGGAAGAUAGAUUGAAAAAGAUUGUAAAUGAAUUAGGGUGGUAUGCUCCAAGUUUUGAUUCCAUGGACUAGAGCAUAUAUCUAUUUGUACACUCGUCAUCUUCUCAAAUACCUCAAUUGGGUCUGUUGGCCUGAGUUGCCAUUUACUGCUACAAUGCUCUUUGUCUAUUAACUAUCUACUGUCAUGUACUAGUUCUUGCAAUCACUGCCGUAAAAAAAUGUGGACCAAAGUGUUUACACUGCGUUUGGAUAGAGGAAUUUGGGUUUGUGGAUUUUUUAAAAUAGCAAAGUUGAAAUUCUGGGAGUUUGAAAUUUAUUCAAUUGAAUUCCUUGAAACUACAAAUUUCUCAGUCCAUGAGAAGUAUUAUAGAAAAUUCACCUAUAAGGCCAUUUCCAAUCCAAACUCAUUCUCAGACCCAAAAUGCAAUAAUUGUCACAAUAAUUUUUCUCAAAUCCAUAAUAAUUCUGAGCUACAUAUGGUGCUAAUGGUUACAGAUUCAUCUCUGGCCUUAGCAUGUGUAUUAGGUUCAGUGUGUGUUAUGUUCUUGAGUCUCAGUUGUUCUUUUAGAGCAUCCGUGUGUGGGUGCCUCUCUUGUAAUAGAAUCAGUUGGUUCUCGGGUUGUAUUUGUAUACAUUCAGUGCUAUAAAAUGCUCUAUCAUUUCGGAAA